CGCGCUGGGGCUCAGGACGAAGAGGCGAGCACUCGUGAACUUGUUUCGGUUUCAACCGAUAAAAUGCUUGCGGCCAUUGCGAGUCUGUCGCAAAAGCUCGAGAUGUUUGACGCCAACCUCUCUGAGAAGCUGGAUGACGUCACGGCUUUGCACAACCAAAGCCUUGAUCAAUUGAAUACAUUAUCGAACAAGCUCGACAGGCUGACUGAGAAGAUGGAUAUCUUUGAGGAUCACCUGCUCGAUCUGCCCCAGCAAGCUCGCCCGGCCGCGGGACCAGUGGCUGCUGCGACCCCAGCUGCCCCGUGGAAUUAUUCGGCUGAGCUGAAAGCUCGUGUUUAUGCGGCUGCAUACAAGAACGUUUCCUCCUCCGAAGUCAAAGCCUACACCAAACGUGAGUCACCUGACGGUGACAUGAUAGGGGGUUCUUUGUUUAACAUUGUUAGAUUUACCCUCUCCAGCUCGAAAUCAACGACAUCGAGGCCCCUUGGCCCGAACAGCAACUCCCUCCUCAAACCAAUGGUGUUACCAAUGUUGCGGCCCAGAGGUUGUACCACAAGCUCUUGAAAAACGCGGGCAAACACGCUCGCAAACGCAUGCACCACCUCGUGCUACAUAAUAUCCGUAACCCACGAGAACCUAACAUUCCGCCCGAGGGCACCAUCCCCAAUAUCAAGAAGCUGAUAUUUCGGAUCGCGAACCAUUGUGGGGACGAACCAGAUACGCGCGAUGAAGCUACUUUAUGGCUUCAAACUGUGUGGCCGGAUCGCGUACGGAUUGCUUAUUUGCGUCGUGAAGCAAUCCGAAUAGUACAGGCUGUUCGGCGCGGCGAAGGCCGACCUGACAUAUGGGCCCGGGUGGACAAACACCUCCACAAGUUGCGUGUGGAGGGGCCUAUGUAUACAACGGCUUUUUAUAGAGUUGUUUACAAUCAGGAUUUGGCCACCUUUGACGGCAAAGGCCACGUGACCGAAAUUGAUCCACUGGUGAUGUUUGACUUGCCCUCCGAAGAGGAUAUUCAAACCGAGAUAGCGGCUGUGGAAGUGGAGGGAAUUGGAGCAGACGGAAUGAACGAAGCGGCAAUGAACGGAGGCUUAUGAAACUUGGCUCCCUUGUGUUUUCAUUCAUUUUAAUUCCUUGUUGUUCUUCAACGAUCUCCCUGUUCACCCGUUUGUUAUCACCAUCAUACAAGGUUGUUUUCAUUCCUUUUAUUUCCUUGUCCAAUGGUAUGCUCGUUUAUCAUUAAAUACAUCCUGUUGUCCUCUAUUGAACAUUCCCCCAGUAAUGUACUCUCGCUGCAUUACGCUCGCUAUUUU